AUGCGAUCCUUCAUCCAAUUCGUGCCCCUGCUGGCUUCUUCCGCCACAGCGGCUGCAAUUGCGAAUGCAGCUCGAGCAACUGUUACCACAGCAGCUUCGGCAAACCCCUUCUCUGGAUAUGAGCUUUACGCCAAUCCUUACUAUGCAUCUGAAGUUUCAGCUUCAGCUUUGCCGUCCAUGACGGGAUCUGCCCAAGCUGCCGCCAGCUCGGCUGCUAACGUCCCGUCGUUCUACUGGCUAGACACUGCAGACAAGGUGCCGACGAUGAGCACGUUCUUGGAGGACAUUCGAUCCAAGAAUGCUGCCGGUGCCAGCCCACCGAUUGCUGGCACUUUCGUUGUUUACGAUCUGCCUGACCGCGACUGUGCCGCAUUGGCAAGCAACGGAGAAUACUCCAUUGCCGAUGGUGGCGUUGACAACUACAAGGCCUACAUCGACUCUAUCCGCGAGGUGCUGGUCGAGUAUUCUGAUGUCCAAACCAUCCUGGUGGUUGAGCCUGAUAGUCUGGCUAACUUGGUGACCAACAUGGGCGUGUCGAAGUGUGCUAACGCGCAUGACGCUUACCUGGAGUGCACUAACUAUGCGGUCACCCAGUUGAAUUUGGACAAUGUUGCUAUGUAUCUGGAUGCAGGACAUGCGGGAUGGCUUGGUUGGGAUGCCAAUCUUAGCCCGGCAGCUCAGCUCUUCGCGGGUGUUUACAACGAUGCAAACAAGCCUGCGGCGAUGCGAGGACUUGCGACUAACGUUGCCAAUUACAACGCAUUUUCUCUGUCCACAUGCCCCUCAUAUACUCAGGGAGACAACAACUGCGAUGAAAAGAGAUAUAUCAAUGCCAUUGCUCCACUGCUUCAGAACGCAGGUUGGGAUGCCCACUUCAUUGUUGAUACUGGCCGUAACGGAGUCCAGCCCACCCAGCAAUCUGCCUGGGGUGAUUGGUGCAACGUCAAGGGAACUGGCUUUGGUGUUCGCCCCACCACUGACACUGGCGAUUCUCUGGUGGAUGCAUUUGUCUGGGUCAAGCCCGGUGGCGAAAGUGAUGGCACUUCUGAUUCCAGCGCAACCCGCUACGAUGCCCACUGUGGAUAUAGCGAUGCGCUUCAGCCUGCGCCUGAGGCUGGCACAUGGUUCCAGGCAUACUUCGCCCAACUCGUGGAAAAUGCCAACCCUUCGUUCUAG